CUUCACACGAGUCACAACUCACAACGAGCCACAAGUUCCGACCUCUCUCCGAUCCCCGCCGGCGCCGCUCCCAGCCCCGGCCCGGAAUCCUGCCGGCGGUAUGCCGCGCGGCCGCGACAAGCCGGCCACCGUACGCGUCUACACAGUAUGCGACGAGUCCAAGUACCUCAUCGUCCGGAACGUGCCUUCGCUCGGGUGCGGCGACGAGCUCGGCACCCUAUUCUCGUCGUACGGGCCGCUGGAAGAGUGCAAGGCCAUGGAUGCCGAGGACUGCGAGGAGUACACCGACGUCUUCUUCAUCAAGUUCUCGCAGGUCAGCAACGCGAGGUUCGCAAAAAGGAAGUUAGAUGAGUCUGUAUUUCUUGGCAACCGGCUGCAGGUGUCAUAUGCACCUCAAUUUGAGAGUAUUUUGGAUACCAAGGAGAAACUGGAAGUCCGGAGAAAGGAAGUCCUCGGCCGAAUAAGAUCCUCUGUUGGAAGCAGAUCAGAACGGUUAACUCAGUAUUCUCCAGGGCAGGGAUCUUCUAGUGGGAACUUGCAUCAUCAUAUGAGCCCCAAUAAGAGGGAAUACACAAAGACACUUCAUGCUUCUCAUAUCGAAGAUGUUCGUUUCAGUCAUGUGUCCUCUAAUAAGGACUAUUUUCCAUCCGAGUCGAUGAUUGCAACUGUAAAUCUUGUGAGGCAGAAGCUUGAUAAGAUACAGUCCGGCAGUGAUGGUUCCAAUGCUGUAGCUGCGUCCAAGAAACCAAAGGGUCGAUGACCGUAGGCGCAUUUGAAUCACUGGAUGGCGUGGAGCACGCGUUAGGAAUUAUGUGGCUUACUCCACUUUGUAGCCUUCCCUUUGUGCAUCGUCCUACUUGAUUCUUAGAAGUUAGAACUGGCCAGCUGAGAUUGUUGUACCAGUCUUUUCUCUUUAUGCAAAUGCCAAUUUUCUUACCUGAUACAACUUUGAACUUUCGCACC